AUGUGUAGCUCCGAUAUCUUCUUGGCCGUGCUGGCCGUCUUCUUCCCGCCCAUCGCCGUCUGGAUCAAAGCGGGAAUUUGCUCUGCCGACUCCAUCAUCAACAUCGCCCUCUCGCUACUCGGCUACAUCCCCGGCCUCAUCCACGCAUGGUACAUCAUCCUCAAAUACCCGGACAUGGACUAUGACGAUGUGGCCUACGAGCCUAUCCCCGGUGGCUCCAGCCAGCGUCGCGACCUCGAGAACGGUCGCGUGACCUACUACUAUGUCUCACGCCAGCCUCCCCAGAAUCCCACCCAGCGCGGAUACGGCACCGUCAAUCAGCAACCAUCUGCUCGGCCGGAUGCAUCCAGCCACCCGGAAGGUACUGGUGGCAGCAGCCACGCACCGCCAACUUACGCCGAGGCUGUGAAGGGUGACAACAAGGUGCAGACCCAAGAUUGA